AUGACGAAGCAGGAUACUAUUGACGAAUCUCGUUCAUCUUUAGAGAAUGGAAAUGAUACUAAUGAAAAGCCAAGUAUUUGGGCUUCCAUAUUACGCGACGUUAAAUCAUCAACAAAAACAGCACCAGCAACAAAGACUUUAGUCGUUUUAGGUGAUAAUGAAAGUGGUCGAACAACAUUAGUAGCAAAAUUACAAGGAAAUGAUGAUCCAAAAAGAGGUGCUGGUCUUGAAUAUCAUUAUAUUGAUGUUAAAGAUGAUGAUCGAGAUGAUACUCCGAAACUAGGUGUAUGGAUUCUUGAUGGUGAUGUAGCAUGUUCAGCUCCAUUAUUAAAAUUUGCUAUUAAAUCAGAUACAUUAGAUAAUACACUUCUUAUUCUUGUUGCAAGUAUGACUCAUCCAUGGUUAUUAUUAUCAACAUUAAAGAAAUGGACAGCACUUCUCGAAGAACAUAUUGAUCGAUUAAAAAUUGAUCCAAUACGUUUACGUGAUAUGCGUGAUCGUCUUCAAUCUGAAUUUCAACAUUAUGUCGAACCAAAUGAUACAUCUAUCAUGUUAACAUCAUCGACAUCAACAGCAACGCUUAAAAGUGGAGCAGGUGGUAGUCGUGUACCAAAUUCUAUUUCAUCUGUUUCACUUGCAUCAACAGCAACAUUAAGUCCAACAAUAAAUGGUGAUGAACAAGUUGUAUUACCACUUCCUGAUGGUGUUUUAACAAAAUCACUUGGUAUACCAGUUAUUGUUGUUAUAACAAAAUGUGAUGUUAUGCCAACAUUAGAAAAAGAAAACGAUUAUAAAGAUGAAUAUUUUGAUUUUAUGCAGUAUCAUUUAAGAAAAUUUUGUUUAGAAUAUGGUGCCGCAUUGUUUUAUACAUCUAUUAAAGAGAAAAAAAAUAUAGAUAAAUUAUAUAAAUAUAUUGUAUACAAAUGUUAUGGUUAUCCAUUUACAUCAACAGCUGCUAUUGUUGAACGUGAUUCAAUUUUUAUUCCAGCUGGUUGGGAUAAUCCAAAAAAAGCGGAUAUUCUAUUAGAAAAUCUUCAUCGACUUAAACCAACAGAUAAUUAUUCAGAUGUUUUCGUUAAACCUAUUGUUCGACGACCAUUACAACGUGAUAAUGAAAUUAUUGCUGCUGAAGAUGAUCAAGAAUUUUUAGCAAAACUUCAAUUAACACUUAAUCGAGCUGCAUCACCUGGAAGAGCAGAUGAAACAGCAACACCAGUACAUACACGAACAUCAGGUGUAAGUGGUGGUAUUGGUUCUCAAACACCAUCUGUAGCUGGACGAUCACGAAAUCAACCAAGUACAACACCCGGUGGUGCAAAUACGGCGGCGAACGAAGGUGCAUUAGCCAAUUUUUUCAACAGUCUACUCACAAGAAAAUCAGGCGGUGCAGUAACUCCAACAGGUGGUACUACACCUGGUGCACAAAGACAAACAAGUCAAUCUCCAACAACACCUUCAUCAAAACGAUUACAACAGCAUCCUCUAACAUUUGCUGUAACACCACCACCGGGUCGUACAAGAACACCUACAUCACAUAAACCGUUUGCCUCCCCAUUAAAUACGGAAUCUCCACCUAGACUUCUAUCACCUCUAGUUGAACAACAAAGUAAAGGUGAUAGUACUUCGACUUCACCAACAGUUGUUCGAACACCGUUGGAAGAUAAUGAAACUAUAAAAACAUUUGAUACUAAUGAAAAUAAACAAUCAUCAAUACCUAACAUUGAAUCUGUACCUGUCAAUCAUAAUGAAAAGCAAUCGAAUGAUACUUCAACAACUGAACAUGAAUCAGUUGUAAAUGAAGAUCAAUUAAAAUCUCAACACGAUUCUAAUUCUAAUUUUACGCAUAAUUCCGAUACAAAAACCCUUAAUUCUCCUUCUCUAUUAUCACCUCUCACUGAAAACAAACUGGAUGUUGCACAAGUUGCAGCAAAAGAUGUUUCUCAUUCUGAAAAUAGUGAAUCAACUACGGACCAUUCAUUUUCCGCUAUCCAGUCAAGACCUAUUUCUCCAUCGCAAUCCAAUGAACUCGCAUCUACAGAAAAUGACAAUAAUCUCUUAUUGACAAAUCAGUCAGAAUCAUCUUCGCCUGCUAUGAAUAAUGACAAUAAAUUAUCUGAUCGAUCGGCAUCAAUAGAACAUAACUCAUUUUCACUAUCAACUAGUUUAAAUCCUGAAAACAAUCAACAAAUAUCUCCAACGGGAACACAAAACGAGAUAUUUACAUCAACUCUUGAUGAUAUUUCAUCUAUCGAUAGCAAGACAGAGCAACAAGAUGACCUGAAACAAUCUCUAAAUUCAAGUCGUCGAAAUAGUGAAAUAAAAUCUUUUAGUCCAUCUCUCUCAUCAAGUUCCAUUGCAAAUGAAUCUCAUCAACAAGAUGAACAACUCGAACAGCAACCUUUAUCAUCUGAUGAACGAACCUCAAAACCACUCAUUCAAUCAAGACCAAUAUCGCCUACAACACUUGAAACUUCUGAAAUGCCAACUACCAAUCAAGAGCCACUCAAUUCAUUAUCGUUUGAUACACAACAAAUCGAUGACGCUAAUAUUUCAAAGGAAGGAUUACCAGAAAGUUCAUUAGCACAUGAAUUACCUAUAUCGGUAUCGACAUCAAAUGUAAAUACCAAUGAGCUUGAACAACAAAAUAUCUCACUGCCUACAGAAAAUGGUCAACGAAAGUCUUCUAUCCAGGAAACACUUGAAUCAACUUUCCCGAUAGCAGAAAAUCCAGGGUCUACUGAAGCAGACCAAUCACCCACAUUUGAGACAGGUGAUAUCAAAUUUGAUUCUCAUGAAACUACUACUGGACUACCUAGUGUUGAAGAAAAAUUUCAACGAAGUCGAUCUCCAUCACCGAAUAUUGAAGGAGAACAAACGCGAAGUCGAGCUGCAUCAUCUCUUAUCGAACAAGAAAAUAAAAGAAGUCGAUCCCCUUCGCCUACCAUCGAACAAAAAGAACAAAGGAGUCGAUCUCCAUCACCUAGUAUUAAACCAGAACAAGAACCAGAUCGAUCAACAUCACCUGUCCUUGAACAAAAUCAAGUAAGAAGUCGAUCUCCAUCGCCUAUCAUCAAAGAUAAGGAACAAAGGAGCCGCUCUCCAUCACCUAGUAUUGAACAAGAACAACAACCAAAUCAAUCUGUAUCCCCUUUCAUUGAACAAAGCAAAGAACGCAGCCGAUCUCCAUCGCCUAUUAGAAAACCAGAAGAACAACGUAGUCGCUCGCCAUCACCUAGUAUUAAACGAGAAUCAGAACUAAAUCGAUCUGAUUCGUCUAUCGUAGAACAAAAUUCAGCACGGAGUCGAUCGCUAUCGCCUAUUACUCAACAUGAUCAACAAAGAAGCCGAUCUCCAUCACCUAGUCUCAAAGGAGAACCAGAACUAAUUCGAUCUGCAUCACCCGUCAUUGAAGAAGAUCGAGAGCGCAGUCGAUCCUCAUCGCCUAUCAUGAAACAGGAAGAACAAAGAAGUCGAUCUCCAUCACCUAGUAUUGGUGAAAAGCCAGAACUGAAUCAAUCUACAUAUGUUAUUGAAGAAACCCAAGAACAGAUUCGAUCACCAUCACCUGUUACCCAUCACGAACAACAAAGAAGCCGAUCUCCGUCACCUGUCAUGAAACAAGGCGAACAAAGGAGUCGUUCUCCAUCACCUAGUUUGAAAGGACAAUCAGAACUAAGGCGAUCUGCAUCACUUAUCGUUGAGCAGAACCAAGAGCGCAGUCGAUCCCCAUCGCCUGUCACGAAACAAGAGGAACAAAGAAGCCGAUCUUCGUCGCCUAGUACUGGAGAAAAAGCAGAGCUAAAUCAGCCCGCAUCAUAUGAUAUUGAGGAAAACCCAGAGGAGAACCAAUCUCCGUCACCUACUGCUACGCAGGAAGAGCAAAGAAGUCAUUCUCCAUCACUCAGUCUGAAGGAAGAAGCAGAACUAAGCCGAUCUGGAUCACCUACUGUUGAACGAAAUGAAGAGCGCAGUCGAUCCCCUUCACCUGCUAUGAAACAAGAGGAACAAAGAAGUCGAUCUCCAUCACCUAGUAUUGGAGAAAAACCAGAACUAAAUCAGCCUGCAUAUGUCAUUGAAGAAACAGAAGAACAGAAUCGAUCGCCAUCACCGAUUACUCAUCAUGAACAACAAAGAAGUCGAUCCCCAUCACCUAGUACCAAACAAGAAGAACAAAGAAGUCGAUCGCCAUCACCUAGUCUCAAAGGAGAAUCAGAAUUAAAUCGAUCUGCGUCACUUAUCGUAGAACAAAACCAAGAGCGCAGUCGAUCUCCAUCGCCUACUAUGAAACAAGAGGAACAAAGAAGUCGAUCUCCAUCACCUAGUAUUGGACAAAAAAUAGAAUUGAACCAGUCUGCAUAUGUUAUUGAAGACAGCCAAGAACCAAAUCGAUCUCCGUCACCUAUUAGUCAACAUGAACAACAAAGAAGCCGAUCUCCAUCACCUGGUACCGGAGAAGAACCAUACCUAACUCAAGUUGCAUCACCUUCCAUUGAACAAAGUCAAGUACGAAGUCGGUCGCCGUCUCCUAUCACUCAACGUGAGCAACAAAGGAGUCGAUCUCCAUCACCUAGUAUCGGACUAGAUCAAGAGCAAGAACAAAAUCCAAAUCGAUUUGCAUCACCCACCAUUGAACAAAAUGACGUACGCAGUCAGUCCCCAUUACCUUUUACCAAAGAAAAACAGCAAAGAAGUCGAUCACCAUCGCCGAUAAACGAACAAAAAGAACGAAGAAGUCAAUCUAUAUUAUCUACUGAGAAACAGAACCAACAACGUAGUCGAUCCCCAUCACCACUUAUUGAAGAAAAUCGGGAUGGCAGUCGUUCUGGAUCACCUAUUGGUGAAAAGAAUCAAGUAGCAAUUCAAUCUGCUUCCCAAGAGAUGCACGAACGAAGUCGAUCGGUAUCACCUGUUACUGAUCAAAGCAAGCUAAGAAGUCGAUCUCCAUCAUUCAAUAUGGAACAAAAUGAAGAACGAAGUCCAAUCGUAUUGUCACCAGAUCUUGAAGAGCAGAAAGACCAAAGAAGUCGAUCGAAAUCGAGUACUUCUGAACAAGAUCAGCAACCAAAUCAAAUCGCAUCUCCCUCUAAUGGAGAAGAACAACAGAAAAGUCGAUCGUCAUCACUUGUACAUGAAGAUUCUUUGUUAAAUGCAUCCAGUGAUUUCACAAAUGAAGUACAAUCAAUAAAUGAAACGAUCUCAUCACCUAAUACGGAUAGUCAACAAGAACAUAAAUUUGAUUCAUUGGCGUCGCCAGUAAAUGAGAAUCAACCUCAAUAUCCAUUUGAACAAACAAAUCAUAAUACAUUAAAUUCCCCUUCGUCAAAAGCAUCUUUUUCACCAUUAAUAUCACCAACGAAUUUUAAUUAUGAGAUUGCACAUAACUUUAACGAACACGUUGCUCCAACGAACACAAAUGAAUCCGAACAACAAGUUCGUAGUCGAUCUUCAUCAUUCAAAAACGAAGAUCAAGUGUUUGACAAUGAGAAAAACAAAUCGAACGAAAUAAACACAAAUGACUUUAUCGUAGAUAAUAUCAAUGAAGAAUUACAAAAAUCUCCGUUAUCAUCACCUUUAAUAGAAAAAGAAAAAAAUGCAGCAUUGCAUAUCCUAUCUCCAGCAGAACAACAUGAAACAUCAUUCAUAAAAACUGAAAAUGAAAAUCAAAUUUCUCCAAUCGCCUCACCAUCGUCAACAUUACCUACAGAACAUCUUUCUACCCAAGCACUGAAAUCACCUGUAAAUGGAAACAUUUUAUCUACUACACCUGAGAAACCCAAGAAAGUUUCUCUAAUUCAAGUUGCUGAUGAAGAACCAACAAAUUUUUCUGAAAUAAACGAACCUAGUCCAUCAAUAGAACAUUCAUCUAUUGAUCAUUCACAUGGAUCCGAUUCCGCUGCUUUUCUUAAAUCAUCAAUCAAUCGUCAAGCUAGUAUUACGCGUAGUCAAAGUCAAUCAACACUUGCUCGUCCUAAUACACUUCAUUUUUCUCCAAAUGAUCAUAAUCUCGAUGGACUCUAUACAUCAAAUGACUAUAACGAUGAAGAUGAAAUAGUCGAAGAUAAUGAAUACCAUCGUCAUAGUGCUCCGACUACAGUAAGUGGGGAAGAUCGUCGUUCCAGUAUUUUAUCUGAUUCUAACCAUGAACGAAGACAUUCACCAGUAAACCCAAAUGAUAUUUUACAACGUUUAUCAAUGAUUGAAAAAUCAAGAAUAGAGGAUAAUGAAAAUAGUGUUGUCGAUUCAACGCCUUCCAAAGACACUUAA